UAUGACAUCACAAUGUGACCCAUUCAGGGUCUUGGGACUGAUUUAUCUCAAGGGCCCAGCAUAUAUACUACUGUGCGCAUUGAGCUUACCCGCAGUUACAGAUCCAAGUAAGAAGCCUGCUACUGCCUGACCAAGUCCACCUGGAUGAUUUCCAGUUGUGUCUAUUUUCCCACAACAAACAACGGAAUGACUGAAUAAGGGAAUAGAGCUCCAUUGUGUGUACCCGCCACAUUUUCUUUAUGUACUCAUCUGUGGAUGGGUGUCCAAGCUGUGGCUGCUGUGACUAAUGCCAGAGUAAGCAUGGGUGUGCAGGUGCCUCUGUAGUAUGCUGACUUAGACUCCUUCAGCUGUAUGUCCAGGCGAGGGUCUGCUGACAGACAGGACCCUCAAAAACCAGCUUUCAGAUCCAUCUUUUCUCCAAGGCAUACACCAAUACGAACAGGAGGAUAAGAAGGCAAACAAGAGAAGAUCUGCUUCGAAGAAAGAAGAUGGACGACAUGUCGCCCAGGCUGAGAGCCUUUCUCUCUGAACCCAUUGGAGAAAAGGAUGUGGCCUGGGUGGAUGGCAUCAGCCGUGAACUUGCCAUCAAUUUGGUCACCAAAGGCUUCAACAAGGCCUAUGUCCUGCUGGGACAGUUUCUUCUGAUGCACAAGAAUGAAGCAGAGUUCCAGAGGUGGAUCAUCUGCUGCUGUGGAGCUACGGAGUGUGAGGCCCGCCAGAGCUCCACCUGCCUGAAGGAGUGGUGCUCCUGUUUCCUGUAGAUACCUCUGGCCUGGCAGCUCUACCUCAGAUAAAGGCUACCCAUGCUACCUACAGACAA